AUGGCUGCAGAAGAUGCCACCAAUGUUCCCGGCGGUCUCACCCCGGCUCAGCUCGACCAGUUUCAUCGCGAUGGCUUCCUCAUCCUCCCUCAGGCCUUGGACCCCUCCACUGUCGCCGCCUGCCUCGAGGAGACACACAGCCUGCUCGUGAACUUCUCUCUUCAAGAUCAUCCCAUGACUCGUUUCUCGACUGGCCAGGAAGGUGCUGAUCAUGUUGGCGACGACUACUUUCUCUCCUCGGGCGAUAAGGUGCGCUUUUUCUUCGAGGAAGACGCCUUCGGGCCCGACGGAAAGCUCGCCAAGCCCAAAGCUCGCGCUGUCAACAAAAUUGGCCACUAUCUGCACGAACUCUCGCCGCCCUUCCGCGCCAUCUCAUCUCCCGCUCCUGGUGCCGGCCAACCUGUCGACCCCGGGGCCGUGGCACGCUCCCUCGGCUUCCAAGACCCCAGGUGCCUGCAGAGCAUGGUCAUCUGCAAGCAGCCCGAGAUUGGAGGCGCCGUGCCGCCGCACCAGGACUCAACCUUUUUGUACACAGAUCCCCCUUCUGCCGUCGGCUUCUGGUACGCCCUCGAGGACGCGACGCUGGAGAACGGCUGCUUGAGCUUCCUGCCUGGAUCGCACAAGUGGGCGCCCGUAAAAGAGAGGCUUGUGCGGAAGAAGGUGGGCGGUAAAGACGUGGGCACCGAGAUGGUGGCGAACAAGGGACCCGUCUUCCCGCCUGGUUCGGACUACGUCGAGAAGAAGGACCAGGACGGGGAGUACGUCCCCGGAGAGGUCAAGGCGGGUGAUCUCGUACUGAUCCACGGCAACCUGCUGCACAAGAGCGAGCGGAACACGAGCCAGAAGGGGCGGAUUAUCUACACGUUCCACAUCAUCGAGCAGGGCGGCCCGGUCUACGAUGAGAGGAACUGGUUGCAGCCCCCGGAGCAGGGUUUCACGAAGCUGUCUGCCUCGGCGUAG